AUGUGUGUUCUAACCACGUUGUUCAAACCUCAAUUCAACCUCGAUCAACUUCCACUCCGAGACACCAUUGCUACACUAGUCGCCCAAAAUGGAAAUGUCCUCGAAUCUCAGCUCUGGGCUUCGGAGGGCCCCGCUUCGACCCAUUCCAGCCCCAUUAUAUGCAUACCGAACUACACUACUCACUCCCAGUUCUUGAGAGCACACGUGCAUGACUUCUGGAUAAAGCAACCUCGAGAGUCUCGAAUCCACUUGCAAGCCAUGCGAUCGCUUGAGUGGAUCUGGUCUGAAUUAUUUACUUUCUCGAGAAAUGCACGAGCCCAGAUCCAAAGACCUUGA